AUGUCUUCAUACUUAUUUGCUCUUAUCGCAUUCCUGGCUGUGACCAGUUCAAUCAAUGCUCACGUUGCCGAGCUAAAGCUCACAGCCACUGCAACUCUACAGUCGCAUGAUUGCAAAUCCAAAAACGCGAACACCGUCGAAGGCAAGAUCGUUCUUAAGAACACUGAUCACAACUUACUUGGGGAUCACAAAGAUACCCUAUCCAAAGCCCUCACCGAUCAUGUUCGAUCAGGAUGUGCUGCUAACGCUAAAUCAGAAGCCAACGUGCACACCGUCACAAAACUCGGUAACGGUGACUUGGAAGUAGCCUACACAUGCACAGGUGUUAAAGACCACGACACGUGCCACAAGUCAUUACACGCAGCCUGCGGAAGCGAUCAUGUAAAACAGACAAUCGGAAAAUGUUCCCAUUCUCACCCACAAACCGGCAAAGCAGCACCAGCGAAGCUCGAAUUACCUACAGCAACUAUUGGUAAGUCAAAGUCGCCACAAUCAUAUUUCCUUUUAGCCGUCGCUGGAUCUGCAACUCUACAUUCGCAUGACUGCAAAUCCAAAGACGCAACGAGCGUCGAAGGCAAGAUCGUUCUUAAGAACACUGAUCACAACUUACUCGGGGAUCACAAAGAUACCCUUUCGAAAGCCCUCACUGACCAUGUUCGAUCAGGAUGUGCUGCUAACGCUAAAUCAGAAGCCAACGUGCACACCGUCACAAAAUUGGGUAACGGUGACUUGGAAGUAGCCUACACAUGCACAGGCGUUAAGGAUCAUGACACAUGCCACAAGUCAUUACACGCAGCCUGCGGAAGCGAUCAUGUCAAACAAACAAUCGGAAAAUGUUCCCAUUCUCACCCACAAACCGGCAAAGCAGCACCAGCGAAGCUCGAAUUACCUACAGCAACUAUUGGUAAGUCAAAGUCGCCACAAGUACCCACCGUGGCUGGAUCUGCAGCUCUACAUUCGCAUGACUGCAAAUCCAAAGACGCAACGAGCGUCGAAGGCAAGAUCGUUCUUAAGAACACCGAUCACAACUUACUUGGGGAUCACAAGGACACCCUUUCGAAAGCCCUCACUGACCACGUUCGAUCAGGAUGUGCAGCUAACGCAAAAUCGGAAGCCAACGUGCACACGGUCACAAAACUCGGUAACGGUGACUUGGAAGUAGCGUACACAUGCACAGGUGUUAAAGACCACGACACGUGCCACAAGUCAUUACACGCAGCCUGCGGAAGCGAUCAUGUCAAACAAACAAUCGGAAAAUGUUCGCAUUCCCACCCACAAACCGGCAAGGCAGCGCCACAUGAUGCACACACAGCUGCAACAGUUAAGAAAGAAACACAUGCAGCCGUCACUGCCUCACCAGCUCUCCAUUCACAUGACUGCAAAUCAAAGGAUUCCCACACGGUGGAAGGCAAGAUUGUUCUUAAGAACACUGAUCACAACUUGCUUGGCGACCACAAGGACGCCCUGUCCAAAGCCCUCACCGACCAUGUUCGAUCAGGAUGUGCUGCUAACGCUAAAUCAGAAGCCAACGUGCACACCGUCACAAAAUUAGGUAACGGCGACUUGGAAGUAGCCUACACAUGCAAAGGUGUUAAAGAUCAUGACACAUGCCACAAGUCAUUACAUGCAGCCUGCGGAAGCGAUCAUGUAAAACAGACAAUCGGAAAAUGUUCUCAUUCUCACGCACAUACUGGCAAACCAGCGCAGCAUGAUACCCACACAGCUGUGCCGCUCACACAUGCGACGAAGGGCCACUCUGAACAUGCUCCAGCAGGCACACACGCUGCAGCAGGAACGGAUGCCCCUCCUGAACAUCAAGCCACGCAUAAAGCAGAGCAUGAAGCCUCACACAAACCAGAACAUCAUGAAGCCACCCAUAAGCCAGAACAUCAUGAAGCCUCGCACAAGCCAGAACAUCAUGAAGCAUCACACAACCCAGAACAUCAUGAUGCCUCGCACAAGCCAGAACAUCAUGAAGCAUCACACAAACCAGAACAUCAUGAAGCCACGCACAAACCAGAACAUCAUGAAGCCACCCAUAAGCCAGAACAUCAUGAAGCCACGCACAAACCAGAACAUCAUGAAGCCUCGCACAAGCCAGAACAUCAUGAAGCCACGCACAAACCAGAACAUCAUGAAGCCACCCAUAAGCCAGAACAUCAUGAAGCCUCACACAAACCAGAACAUCAUGAAGCAUCACACAAACCAGAACAUCAUGAAGCCACCCACAAGCCAGAACAUCAUGAAGCCUCACACAAGCCAGAACACCAUGGUAAGGACCAUGAAGCCACGCACAAGCCAGAACACCAUGGAGCCAGUCACAAGCCAGAACACCAUGGUGUCUCACACAAGCCAGAACACCAUGGUGUCUCACACAAGCCAGAACAUCAUGGUGCUUCACACGAACCACAGCACCAUGGCAAAGACCAUGGAGCCACUCACAAGCCAGAACACCAUGGUAAGGACCAUGAAGCCACGCACAAGCCAGAACACCAUGGUAAGGAACAUGGAGCCAGUCACAAGCCAGAACACCACGGCAAGGACCAUGAAUCUACGCAUAAGCCAGAACAUCAUGGUGCUUCACACAAGCCAGAACAUCAUGGUGCUUCACACAAGCCAGAACAUCAUGAUGCCUCACACAAGCCAGAACAUCAUGGUGCUUCACACAAGCCAGAACAUCAUGAUGCCUCACACAAGCCAGAACAUCAUGGUGCCUCACACAAACCAGAACACGGUGCCUCACACAAACCAGAACAUCAUGAUGCCUCACACAAGCCAGAACAUCAUGGUGCCUCACACAAACCAGAACACGGUGCCUCACACAAGCCAGAACACCAUGGCAAGGACCAUGAAGGUACGCAUAAGCCGGAACAUCAUGGUGCCUCGCACAAGCCAGAACACCAUGGCAAGGACCAUGAAGGUACGCAUAAGCCGGAACAUCAUGGUGCCUCACACAAGCCAGAACAUCAUGGUGCCUCACACAAACCAGAACACGGUGCCUCACACAAGCCAGAACACCAUGGUGCCUCACACAAACCAGAGCACCAUGGCAAAGACCAUGGAGCCACUCACAAGCCAGAACACCAUGGUGCUUCACACAAACCAGAGCACCAUGGCAAAGACCAUGGAGCCACUCACAAGCCAGUACAUGGUGCCACACACAAGCCAGUGCAUGGUGCCUCACACAAGCCAGAACACCAUGGCAAAGACCAUGGAGCCACUCAUAAGCCGGUGCAUCACGGCAAGGCCGGUGACAAGGAUCAUACUCCAUCGCAUGCUCGACUUCCAUUACAUGAUCAGUGUGGAUUUCCAGGAAGAUCUCAUGGACAUGAUGAUUCGUCUUCAUCUGAAGAAAAUCGAGUGAGACAUGGUCAUCCACGACAUUCACAUCGAGACGACAGCUCAUCGUCGGAUGAAAAUGACAUUAAAAAACCUCAGGGUGGUUGUGGCCGAUGUGCAAUGAGUCAUAUAGUUUCAUCGGUUGUUCUCAAUGGUCUUACAGUUGAGAAGGUUUCGCGAAAGUCCGGUGGAAAUUUUGUCGAACAAUUCAAAAAUGCUUUACACAAGGAGAUCCAAAGACAUCAUCAGAAAGGCGUCAAAUCAAUCAAAGUUACAGCUUUAAAUACUUUCAACGACGAUAAAUUGAUGGUCGAUUUUGUUACUUUUGUCGAUCCGACACGUUACCAUCAAAUAAGUCGCGCUAUUCGUCAAGCUCUUACCUCGAAAGCUGUUGAAAAGGCACUCAAAGAUCAUUGCAAUUAA